UCUAGAGCUAUGAUGUUUGACUCUGUAAACGGUGGUUGCCCAACCAAGAGGCUUCCGCAUUGCUUAAUCAAAAAAAAAAAAAAAAAAGCACAGGGUCAUUCCUAACUUGUUCUUUUUGUUUGCUUUAGAGAGAAAAGACCAUGUUCAAUGUUCAGAUCUAUUGUUAGUUUUGGAAAGUUUAGUUGUUGGGUCAAGUUUGAUUACUGGAAAGCAUUUCAUAUCUCUCCAUGGUUGAGUUUUUCAACUUUGAGAAAUCUCCAGUUGUACGGCGCUUCAAUCGCUGCGUAGGAUUUAAUCGGAAUCUCCAGGGUGUGAAGUUCCGCCGGUGUCUCGGAAGUGCGUCUCAUAUCUAGUGUUCGACUUCUUCUUUUUCCAAGACUGUGCAACCCUCCCAAAAAACUGAUAUCUUCAGAAAUGGAAAGUCCGCCUGAGGUUGCCGCAGAUUCUUUCUCUGCUGGCAUCAGAGAGGGAGUAAAGGAUCCAAGUUUGGAGCAAAAGCUUAGGCAGGUUACAGAUGAGCAUGGGAUUUUGCCUCACCAUUUGAAAAGGUUAUUUCUGUAUUGUUCACUCUUUCCUUUUGGUUAUGAAUUUAGAAAAGAUGAGUUGGUUCAGUUAUGGAUAGCUGAAGGCUUUAUUAGAGAGAGGCAUGGGGAGAGAAUGGAAGAUAUUGCUGGCGAGCAUUUUAAUUCCUUGGAGAAGGAAGUCUUCUUUGUGUUUUCAAGAUGUGAUUUCACUAUGGAUUUUGAUUCGGUGCUCUCGGAUCCGGCGGAUAAUCCCAGCAACUUCUUGUACAAAGUAAAUCCUAGCAAGCAUUCAUUAUUGGAAGACACCAUUUCUUCAGGUAAUUAUUUCAAAGCAGUGGAUGGUAAGGUAGAUGGAGCCUCUGAAAUGACGAGACAUUUGUCUUUGAUUGGUGAGGAUAUUGAUGGGAUGGCUUUUGGGAUCCUUCAAAACUUUAAGCAUUUGCGCACACUGCAUAUGCUCUCUUGUCGUGGAUCUUCUAUGAAACACGUCCCUCGUGAUUUGUGUUUCACCUUAACGUUCUUGAAAACCUUAAAUUUGAGUGGGACAUUGAUUUCUGAGCUGCCGAGUUCCAUUGGAAAUGUAAAAUCAUUACGUUAUGUGGAUGCCUCACAUACACCUAUUUCACGGUUACCCGAAUCAAUAGAUUCUCUUUACAAUUUACAAACCAUUAAGCUCAGAGGCUGCUUUCACUUUGUUCAGUUGCCAAAAGGAAUGAAGAAGCUAAAAAAGCUCCGGCAUAUUGAUCUUGACAUCAUUCGGCAAUUGGAUUCCAUGCCUGCACACCUGGGGAGCUUGAGUAAUCUUCAAACUUUGCCAGCAUUUCUUGUUGGUAGAGAUGAUGGGUGCCGUGUUGGUGAAUUGAAAAAUUUGAAUGAUCUUAAAGGGUCAUUUAACAUUUCAAGGCUUGAAAACGUGUUGAGUGAAGAAGAAGCUGAGGAAGCUGCCUUGAUUGAAAAGAAAUGUAUCCACAGGUUGGAGCUUCGAUGGAGUGAUAUGUUUGUCGAGUAUUCUCAGCAAGAGAAAAUACUAGAAUGUCUUCAACCCCAUUCUGGCCUUAAAGAGUUACAAAUACAGCAGUACAGCGGGUCCAUACUUCCAACUUGGAUUGGCAAUCCCUUUUUCACUGACCUUGUUGUCAUUACCCUCUACAGAUGCAGAAAUUGUAAACUUCUGCCAUGUAUGGGACAAUUACCAGCACUGAAGUCUCUUUCUAUUAUAGAGGUGAAUGAGGUGAAAGAAAUUAAUCAUCAAUUCUUCAGAAAAGGCCUAGCUGAUGAUCAUGCAUUUCCAAAACUUGAGAGACUAGAAGUUGACAUCAUGCUCAGUUUGAAACAGUGGAAGGAUGUACAAGUAGGUGACUUACCUUCCCUAGUGAAACUCACUCUGGACUCUUGCCCAGAACUUGUCACACUUCCUGCACUUUUGUGCCUCAAAUCCCUCAAGCACUUGGAGCUCAGGUGCUGCCCAAAGCUUAUGGCCUUGGCCACUGAUGGACUACCAACUUCACUUGAGUUUUUCUUGCUAUUGGAUUGCCUUGAACUGAAAAUGUGGUGCUUGAAGACUGAACAUUGGAGCAUGUUAUGUCAUGUGCCCAGCAUAUGGUUUGAUCAUGAAGAGAUAAAGGGACGCUGUGGAAUGACAGACCAGUUGGCCUUAGCACGGGUCGGAGCUGUGGCUGCAGAAGCCCGAACCUAUACUCGGAUCUCAACUGAAUAUUCAUCCUCUUUGUUAGCAGCACCUGCCCCAUCUCUGCCACAGCUUCCAGCCUUUAAUUCUAGGACAAUGGAACCCCAGGAUAUGCCAUCAAAAGUGCUCCACAGUGUGCUGCUUUACGGGUCAAAACCCCUUAAUAGCGCACUUCCUGCAAAUGAAAUUCCAGAGUGGUUCAGCACUAAAUCUACCAGCACUCCCAUAUCAAUCCCAACAGGGGAUAACAAGUGGAAGGGAGUUGCCGCAUGUGCUGUUUUCUCAGUCCAGGGACAUUCGCCUGCAGAUCUUGACUUUUCUAAUUACUCGUAUCUAAUCAUACUGGAAACCGAUGUUGCGAGACUGGAACCAUAUGUGAUUAACUGGGAAGAACAACUCCGCCCCCUUGGAUCAAGUUCUGAUCUUCUUUUAAUUUCCUACGAGCCUAGAUUGAAGUUUCCAAAGCGGGCGUUAAAUCAAUCAACUGUGGUGAGGGCUAUAUUUGAAACCAACAACCCAUACAUGGUGGUCCGGAAAUGUGGGAUUCGUCUAGUCUAUGAGCAAGAUGCUGGAUGGUUUAGUAUCAACAUAUGCCCUGGGGUGGAGUCGAUCUAUCUGAAUAAAGAUGAUGACGACGCUGUACUGGAGUCUGGCUGGCUUAGUCAAGUGGAUAAAUGUCUCAAAUGGGAGAAAUUCAUUCCACCCUUGGAAGAAGACUCCACAUUUGGGAUGAGAAUGAACAUUCAGUCUGUUCUGCCAAGAUACCUUGAGGCAUUAAACCAUUGUUCCACAGUGUAUAAAUUUAACAUCACUGGAAGCCCAGCGUGGUUUAAGCACUUAUUUCGCUUUAUCGAUAAAUUGCCAGCUAUAUGCUGGGCUUCUUGGCCAAUCAACAUACCUCAGAAUCUAAACAAGAGUAAGAAGUGGAUGGGAUUUGCAAUAUACGCAUCGAUUGCAGAGGAACUGGGGCAUAUAAUAGAAGACAAAGAUGGCAAAUAUCGUGUUUAUUUUAGAUUCGAUAUGGGGUGUAAAUGUCAUACGACUGUGUCCCAAGAACUUCAGCAAGUCAAGUCGUCAGAAAAACAUGAUCAACUUUUGGUUGUUUACAUACCACGGGCACAAAUUGCCGAUGUGUUGCUCACACAGACAUCAACAAAUGCAAUGCACAUUUCCUUCAGGAUCGAUAGCCCUUGUGUAAAGUUUCAAAGUUGUGGGUUUCGUAUUGUGUACCAGGAAGAUAUACAAGGGUUUGCUGAGACAAUUAUCCGGUGCAUGCAGAGGGAAGAUGCUCUAGAGUUUCACGAUAAAUUGGUGGUAGAAAAUUGGAUAGAGUUGAUAAGGUGUAAUCCAAAAGAACGGGAUUCCAGAACCCGACGGCAAAAAGAGUUUGAAUGGCUCUCUCAAAAACAUAGAAGUUUAGCAGAUCUUUCAAAUCCAGGAAUAAUGAAGAAAAUUGUGUUGAAGUUGGACUUGUACGACGAGAAGUCCAAGAAGAAAGCCAUGAGGGCAGUCUCAGGGCUCGAAGUUGCAAUGGAGGUCAAUGGGAAAUCUGUGGUAGCAGCACCUGCUAAUGUUAUUUUUCUGUCGACAAUUUUGGGACGGGAUGGGUCAAUGUCUGUUCAUAAGUGUGACUGGAAGUGUCAGAAUGAGCAUGUCUGUGGGAAUAUGUAUCACUGUAAGCUGACUGGACUCACUCACAUCUGUGACAAGAAUUGCAACCAGAGGAUUCUGUAUGAUAACCAUAGCUCUCUUUGCCGGGCAAGCGGGAAGGUUUUCCCCCUUACACCAGUAGAGGAACAGGCAGUGAGAGGGGUCCGGAGGAAGCUUGAGUCAGAGGCCCCUGCUGCUGCAGACAAUUGUUCCUUUAAAGGCAGACAGGAUGCACAGCUCCAUCCUUCACUACUGCCAGUCUGAUCUGCAGCAAAGUUGGAGAUGACAUGGACUUGAGCUAGAGAAAUAUAAGAUAAACAAAUGACUCUUAUGCUUACCUUAAUCUUGUUCCUUUGAAAUCUUUUCUUAUUUUCUUAUUAAUUAUGGAACAAAUAUUGAUGAUGAACUUGAAUACUUGAUGAGUACUUAAGUAGUGGACCUAAUGUGUCCUACCCGUCUGUAGGAACUAUCUAUAUUUGUAGUCCUGUUUACUGCAAUUUAACUCUUCCAUUAGCUUGA